AUGCUGGCGACCCCUACCGGCAGCACCGCCUACAGCGUCGCCGCCGGCGGCAGCAUGGUGCACCCCAACGUCCCCGCGAUGCUGCUGACCCCCGUCUGCCCCCACAGCCUCAACUUCCGCCCCAUCAUCCUGCCGGACUACAUCGAGCUCGAGCUGCGGGUGCCCCGCAACGCGCGGUCGGGCGCGUGGGUCUGCUUCGACGGGAAGGCGCGGCAGGAGCUGAACAAGGGGGACGCCGUGCUCAUAAAGAUGAGCGAGCACCCCGUGCCGACCAUCAACAAGACGGACUUGACAUCGGAUUGGUUCGAGUCGCUGGAGCGCUGCUUCCGGUGGAGCGAGCGGUCGGAGCAGAAGCCGUUUGAGGAGGAGGCCGGCGGCGGCGGCAGCGGCGAGGAGGAGGGCGGCGGCGGCGACGGGUGGGGGGACGACGGCGGCGGCGGCGGCGGCGGCGAUGGGGAGCAGUGGGCGCCGGCGGGCGGCAGGGGCGGCGCGGGGGACGAGGUGGCGUUCGUGGCGGGGCGGCCGGUCAGCAUGAUGCUGCCGCCGUCGCCCAGCAACGGCGUGUGA